AUGUACCUAUCGUUGUUACGACUUAUGAUACUUCUCAAAUUCUCUCGAUUCUCUCUAGCCUCUGCAAUAAUCGAUGAUAUCACCUCGCUUCGCUUGGCCUUCUGGCAACCUCACGUCCCACAGCCUCAGGUCCGGCAACCUGAUGUCCACCUCCACUUAACUCUCUCGUAUCCCCUUCACCUAUCAAUAUAUCCCGGAACAACGUUGUACACAUCAAAGAAAUCCAUACUUCCUUUUGAAUCGUUGUUUGACAAACACCAAUCCAUUGCUUCCCUUUCUAUCCACUGUUCUAAUAUGUUGAGGUUUAGGAAUAUUGUUGGUGUAUUUAAAGUCAUUUUGAUUGCAAUUAGUGCCCUUGAAGAAGGGGAAGUUGACACCACUUAUAUGACCAAACUUGCUAAACUUGCCACAUAG